UCAGAAAACCCAGCAUAUGGAAUCAGCGUUUUGCUGACACCCGAGUGACAAUAAUCACACCCCACCUAAAGUUCUAAUAAUGCAGAAAACUGAUGACCUAACUGCUCAGCAGAUUGAAAACUUACCCAUUGAUAUCAGCUCCAACAAGCUUCUUGAUUGGCUGAUAAAUCGCAGACAUGUUGAUCCGAAGUGGCAGGCAGCGGCUCUGACCGUCAGAGAGAAGAUCAAUCUGGCAAUUCAAGACAUGCCGGAGGUGGAUGAAAUCAAGGAGCUUCUUGCAGGAACAUAUAUCAAUUACUUCCACUGUGUGAGGAUAGUUGAGCUUCUCAAGGUUUCAGAGUCUGGUUCCAAGAAUAUCUUUGGCUAUUACUCAUCACAGAGAAUGAAGGACUGGCAAGAGAUCAUUAGCCUGUACGAGAAAGACAACAUCUAUCUGGCUGAGGUAGCUCAGAUGUUAAUUCGGAAUGUCACUUACGAGAUUCCAGCCCUGAAGAAACAGACGGCAAAAUGUCAACAGAUUCAAACGGAAUGCCAGAGGAAGGAGAAGGAUUAUCAAGACAGUGCGGGAGCAGCUAAAGCAGAGUACCAUGCAGCCUGUAGGAAGCUUGGAAUAAAGGGAGAGAAAGUCAAGAGAGAACUUCUGGAAAAAGUGAAGACUCUGCCCGAAACGUUCUCGGCAAUCACAGAGAAGGUUGUUGACCUUUCGCAUGUGAUGGAGUUCUACGAUACGUUUGUGCAGUUUACGAUAGGCAGCUGUGAUGAGAGUGGACAGUCCAAAAUCGAAGUGCUUCCGAUGCUUAAGUUCAUUCUAGAGAACGGCAACUGCACCGUUUACCAAUGGCAGACAGGAAAGAAACCAAAGUCUGUCGAGGAAGUCUCGCUGUCGUUUCUUGAGGAGGAGGAAGAGCAGAAGGAGGAUGAGAUUGACUGGGGUGAUAUGGAUGGCGGAGAGGCUGAUGGGAUUGAUUUUGGAAUCACGCUUGAGGAAGGAGGGUCAGAGGUCAUCAACUUUGACAUAGAGGUGGCUGAUGAGACAGCGGACAACGUCUCUCUUGCAAAGGAUGAUGGGAUAGCAAGAGGCACAGAUUCCUUCACACUCCUGGAUCAUCCACCGACAAGAAACAACUUCACUAACGAUCUACUAGAGCUUGAAGCAUUCCUGAUGCAACGAAUCAACGAAAUGAAAGGAACCAUGGACAUCCUGUCUGCUAACCAAUUCCAAAGUGCGCCCUCUAUCCUCCAAAUGAAGACUAGCGACGACGUGUCGGCCAUGCUGGUCAAGGUUCGGAGUGUCCUGAAGUACCUGACAGAUAGCACAACUCAGCAUUUACUUCUUAUCAAAAGCUCACCAAAGUACGUCGACAGGCUGACAGAAUCCCUGAAGCAGAAGUUUAUUCUGGAGGAGAAGAUGCUUGCCUCCAAAGAGGCGGUCCAUCAGAAAUCCCUUGAGUAUCUGAAGGAGGAGCAACUCAUACAACCCAAGAUUGACAAGCUAGUCGCUAACACCAGGACAUUACAAAAACAGAUCGAGCAUGAAAUUUCCACACGUUACAAGAAUCGACCGGUGAACCUAAUGGGAUCAAUCAAUACGAUAUGAACGUCUCUUAUUUUGCUCAUUUUUAAACUGGAAGGUUAUGUUUCCAUUUCAUUGUCGUAUAUAAAUUAUAUUCAAAUGUUAUAUUCAUUCAACGUGCCCUGAUGUCAUCAAGUUCUAAGCAGACUGUUCUGAAUAGGCUAAUUGUAAACAAUAUUGUGGUAUUCCACCAAGUUGAUUUCUUUGGUUUGGGUUUGAACAAAGUCAAAUUGACAAUAGGGGGAUUUGAACCAACGACAUCCGGAUUAAUGUGCCGGCGCUCUACCACCUAAGCUAUCUAGCCUUAUGUUGGCAGUCUCCCUAUUUGGUCAAUAUCUUUGUUUUGGGGUGCCCGUCAGAAGACAUUGCAACCGUUAACUUCCGUGUAGCCAGGGAUCACACCCAAUUUUAAGAUAUAACCUGGCAGCCGGGGUAUCACCUUAAGGGGAUGCGAAUUUUUAAUUCAGAUAUCAAAUAAUAAACCACAAGGGAAACUGACUGAGUUGAUUCUUUGGUGAAAGAAAAUUCCAUCAAUGACCACCCCUCUAGGAAUUCCUGUUGGAAUUGUACAAGAAAUAUCUCAGCCAAGGGCAAAUAGCCACUCCUGUGAAAUUGUGAUUCAGUAAUUAGACUAUAACACUUAUUCUAGCCUCUGUAAAGUCAGUUUGGCCGGAGUAGAACCCACAUCCUUGUGAUUGCAAGUUCUGCAGUCUAACCACUUGACCACUUUUAGAAGCAAUUGCAUUUUAUUUUGGGUAUCUGAGCAAGUGCACAGCCACAACCAUUGGUACACUUUUUGUUACAGACACCAAGUGAACAACAGAUAAUUGUUGGUAAAUCUUUGCAGAUCUUGUAUUUUUUAGUCAUCAUUGACACAGUGGUUGUUAAUUUAUAUAUAAGUAGGAUUUGAA